AAAUUUGUUAAAUGUAAACAAAUAUACUUAACUAACAACAAACGAAAAUAGUCAUGAAUAAAGGAUGUGAUUUAAAUUAUAAAUUAUGGCUACGUUUUUUACAUUUGGAAUUCUGCUUGUGGUUUUCAGGAGUGAAUGCUUUGAGUUAUUGGUCAACCAAGUUCCUAAUCCAGCCAAUGAACACGACAAUGUCACACUGAGUGCAAGUUACUCAGGAUUUGAGGAGGCAGAAUAUCCGACUCGUGUUGCAUGGAUCAUAAUUUCACCUUUGCAAAGUGUCGGACAAAUACGUUUACCUGGGUGUACUGUAUUUGGCUUUAUUGAUACAAGCGCGUACAACUUUACAUGUUCAGAAGGCGAUUUAACAUGGACUAUUUUCAACGUCAGUCGGACGCAACAGGGUCAGAUUUGGAGUUGUACUUUAGCCACUAACGUUAGCGCUGUUCAGACGGAAAUAGCCCUAAAACUGCACGAUCCACUUCUUCCUUAUCUAGAAGUAAGUCCGAAAAUGGUGCAAGAGUAUAAUUCCGUUACGCUUAUGUGUACAAUAUACAACCAAGUGAUUCCGGUAUCCUGGGCCAGAAAUGGUCAACACACAGGUAUUUGGAUAGGAGUUUACUUAGGCAACUGUACUACAGAUCCCAAGGUUUUACCGUCAGACUUCAACUGCACAUGUAUUAGUGCCCAAAUGUAUAGUUGUACAAUCAGGAAUGUCACACGCGUUCAACACGGCGACAAGUGGAAGUGUCUAGCAAAUAACGCGAAUGGAACAACAAUGCAGAGUGGAGAUGUAGAAGUCAAAGUGUUGGUUGAAGUUUCGGCUGUGCAGUUAACGAAGCCAACGGAAAUUGAAGUGAUAGAAACGGAGAAAUCUAGAGUGCUAUUUGAAUGCGUAUCAGACGGACUUCCGGCUCCCACCAUUCGUUGGUUUAUGGAUAACAAAACACCAAACAACACUGACGAUGAUGAGGAGCUUGAGCUAAAUAGUUCAAGUAUAAUACGCGAAAUCGUUCAAAAUGCAGAUAACACUUACCGUGUCAAGAGCCAACUUGACUUUACCAUAGAUCGAAAAUAUGAUGGAAUGGAAAUCUAUUGUAGCGCAAACAACACUGCACGUGUGUUAAUUUCAUCAAGACGUCCCGUAAUUCAUGUCCAGUAUUCGCAAUUGUACAUUGAAAAUCCUGUAAACUGUGGUGAACGUGCAAUUUUGAGAUGUAGAAGUUCUUCUGCAACUACAUCAAUCUGGAACUUUAAAUUGAACGGCAAUGUAAUUGUCAGCAGCACCACUAUUGACUUUAAUACAGUGUACAGUGCUUUGACGAAUUUGGAUGAAACUAUUACGCUCGUAGUCCGUACUACAAGUGUACACGAUCGGGGAAGCUACACCUGCCAAAUAUCUUCAUAUCCUGAGAGUCAACCCGUGGGACUGGAAUUUGAAUGUAAGCCUAAAGCAUUGGAAAUAAAUGUGACAGUUGAUGCAAAAAUACACUUCAUGUUUGAAAAUGUGUUCCCUAUCCCAACGGAAGUGGUCGUUACAGUAUUCAGCCAGUUCAAAGAAGAAUUCACAUGCGGAUAUGUCUCUUGCAAGCAAAACAAUAAAGGAUACCAUGAUUGCGUUUGGAAUUCAAACAGAUACUUUAGAAGUGGGACGUAUACUUAUGUUGUCGACAUUCAAUUCAUUACAAGGGCGGAUUCUUUAGCUGGAAACUUCACCAUUGAUAUGAAUCCAAGUAAUGAAAGCCUUACUUUGGAAACGUCUCAUAGGGUUCAAGACAGCGGAACAGAUGUAACUUUAACAUGCACAUAUACCGGAAAUCGAACUGUGUAUGUGGUACAAUGGUAUCGUAACAAGGCUUUAGUAGGUGCUGUGAAUCCUAGCUGUGCAAUUCUGAUUCGCCCUCACUUCGAUCGAUACCAGUUCAUAUGCCCGUCGCCUUUUGAAACAGUUUUGUCUGUUGAACAAUUAAUACUUAAUCAAACUGUGGACAUGUGGACGUGUCAAGUGGGCUUCGGAUUUGGCGAUGUUCUUGAAAGUAGUCCCGUGGAUAUACUUUUGAAAGGUUUAGGUACUGAGGGUUCCGAGCAACCAAUAAGCAAUUCUGAAACGGUAAAGGUUAUUGGCGGAGUAAUUGGUGGAUUUGUGACCGGAUUGCUUGUGGGUAUUGCAUCCGUAUUUCUCGUUAACAAGAUGCGUCUGAUCAAGACAACAGAUAUCCAGACGAAUUAUGCUGCCGAUCAUCAACAGAAUAAUAUCGAGUUGAAAGCAGGUAAAACUGAAAAUCUCGAGGUUGAAAACAAUGAAAACGGGAUGUACGAGAAUUCGGACUCACUUGAAAAACCCAACAAGGAAUCACUACCCUACGAAAAGGAACAGGAGCAAGAUACCAAACCUAAUGCAAGUGAAGGUGUCGCCUGUUAUCAAAACACCAUGGGUACAGCAGGAUCUGAUCAGACUGCUGGCAAUACUGGACCUUACGAAAGUUUGCAAGAACGUAACCAAAAAGAGUAUGAGGUCAUCUUGCAAUAUUAGGCUGUGUACACAACACGCUAAAGAAUGGCUUCCAAGAAUGAACCUAAAUAAGAUGUUCAAAAUAAAUUACAUGGAAUCCAUCGUGGGAUUUGAUAAGAAGUGACAUCGCACAGAUUUUCAAAACACACUGAAACUGAACCUUAGAAACAACAGCCUUAUAUAACACUGAAAAGUAUUUACUAAGCAGAUUAAUAAUGAGUAUACAAUGUCAUGUAUUGUGCCUUUGGAGAUGUUAAGAACCUGGCUAUUGAAUAUCAAGACUAUGAGUCAUGUUUUAUUCAAUAAAUGUUUCUGUCUUAAAAUUUAAAUAUCCUCAUCAUUUGGCAAAGCAAUUAUUUGUUUACGGUCACUAGUAAAAUAUAUUCGAAAUGCUGAAAUAUAAUAUCAUCCUCAAUUCUUGAACAAACAAAAUAGAUGUAGAGAUUGGUAAUAUUUUUUUUUUAAUUUCACUGUGAAAAAGACUUGGUAAGAAAUUAAAACAAUGCUAUCCAAAAAAUAUUGCAUCGUCUAUGUAUUUUCAGAUUGAAAUCGCACCAAUGGAUUGCUGUUCUUACUAGUAUGCUUGUUUAAUUCAUUUUGAUAAGACAUUAUCAUGGAUUGGAUUAUUAAAAACAGUUAAACUCAGUGUUCUCGAAAAGAACCGGUUACCGGCCAGAAUGGACGGUUCAAAUGGCAAUUGUGCUGGUUCAAAUCUGACAAAAACAAAUGAAUUUUAAAUAGAAUAAGUAGUAGCUGUUCGGUUACUUUACUUUUUGAGACGGUUCAACCGAAACUUAGUGAGAACGAUUAAAAUCACUCAAAUGGUAGUUAAAUAAAGGUCCAAUGCA